AUGAAUCUACUCGUAAACAGUGGUGGGAUGUUUACCUGGAAAAAAAUAAUAGCACCGGGUUUGGGCCGAGGAAUAGACGUAGCGACCCAAGGAAAAUGGGCAGUAGUAACGGGAGCUACCGACGGCUUAGGAAAAGCCUACGCCCAAGCUUUAGCAGCCAAAGGCAUGGACAUUAUCCUGGUUUCCAGGUCGUUGGUAAAAUUAGAAGCAGUCGCCAAAGAACUUCGCACUACGUACGGAGUCGAAACUCAGGUUCUUGAAGCCGAUUUAACGGAAGGUCCACCUGUUUAUGCCAAGAUCGCGAAACUUAUCGAAGGCCUCGAGGUCGGAGUAUUAGUUAACAACGCGGGAAUGAGCUACGACCAUCCAGAAAUAUUCACAAACAUCACCGAAGAAACGAUAACCAACAUUCUCCAGCUUAAUGUCGCGGCUACUACCGGAAUCGCGAGAGCCGUGCUUCCGGGAAUGAUGGAACGCCGUAAAGGUGUCAUUAUUAAUAUCAGUUCAACAGCCGCAGCUAUUCCCAGUCCCUAUUUGGCGGUCUACGCUGCUAGUAAAGCGUUUGUUGAUAAAUUGAGCGCUGAUUUAGCUGUUGAAGCUGCACCGCGCAAUGUCACGGUUCAGUGUGUCCUUCCAGGUCCCGUUGCUACAAAAAUGUCCAAAAUUAAGAAAGCGUCAUGGAUGGCACCGACGCCUGAAAAAUUUGUGGACACAUGCCUAAAAACAGUCGGCAUAGAAUCACGGACAACAGGUUACCCGCCACACUGUUUGAUAAUCGGGAUAAUAAAUGGGUUGCGUUGUAUCUGUGAGAAAGGUACUAUUUGGCUGGUAUCAAGGACGAUGUUAAAUAUUCGUGGUAAAGCGUUGAAGAAAAAGAAACACGAUGAGAAGACUAGUGAACAAGUGAUCACUGAUUUACCAUCCAGACGAGAAAAUCCGUGUGUCGUAUUAAAUGCUGGCGAUUGA